AUGAUGGAACUCGUGCCCAACACUCCUUCAUCCCAAACUCCAAGCCAACAAGCUGCCCCAACACCAACCACGUCCCCCGUCCGAGCUCAUCAACAAAUCCAGGAAGUGGAGAAGCCUGAGCACUCAAGGAUCGAUCAUGGUGGAGCACAGGACGAGUCGUUCCUGGGAGUCGUGGAAGAUUCAGUGGCGAGGUCGUUUGGGGAGAGUUAUCUGAGGGAUUUGUUGCCGCCUACGCAAGUGGUCGAGGAGAGGUCGAAUCACAAUGUUGGGAGCGGGGGAGGAGUGGAUGGGGCUUCUGGUACGAAGCAGCGGAUCGCGAGUCGAGGGGAACAAGCCGCUGUGCUUGUUCAAGGAACGAGUUCGGUCGAGAUCGCUCAGGGUUCGUCGUCGGAACGAUCAGGCGAGAGUGGUGGGAUAGCAUCAAGUCCGAGAUAUGGAUACGAAGGAGGUGAUUUGGACGAAUCACUUCGGUCUAUGCCGGGGAUGGACGCUUUUCACCGUGGAGGAGAUGGUAACCAGACUCGGGAGGAACGAGAUGAGGGAGUCGAGGACGGCUGGUAUCUUACGGGGGAUCUCACGGGGGAGCUUACGGGGGAGCUCAUGGGCGAGAUGACGAUGGAACUGACGAGAGUUGGCGGAGGUAUACAGCAGCCACAGAAUGGGAUCGAUCGAUCGGGAGUCGAUGACGGGGAAGAAGCGGGUGAUCUCUCGGCGGCGCAGAAUUCGGCGCUUCUUGAUCGACUUGCAGGAGAAGACGACGAAUCGAAUCAGAUCAAGGAGGGAAGCGGGGGAGAAGAACAGGUCUCGCCAUCUCAGAAAGAGAAUGUAGUUCCGUCCGUCAACAUCGGUCGUCGUCCCGGUCCAUCGCCGACACCCUCAGCCUCAGCCUCGAGACCCCCACCACCUGUUUCUGCUUCCGCAUCUAUCUCACCCGACCGCGAGGAAAGUGCCUACCCUUCCUCAUCCCGCGCCGUCGCAACGAACCUCCUUGCUGGACGAGGAUCGACGAGGAAACUUGGGACGGCUCGAUCGAUGACAGAGCCGACAUCGAGUGCCGACUUCCAUGACGAGGUGCUGCUGUUGCCGAGGGCGAGGAGCGUUCACGACGGGCUCUUGGAAAUUCCGGAGAUGGACGGACCGCCCGUGAGUUUGGGCUAGCGAUAUAUAGAGGAUUACAUUGCCUGUACCUAAAUCGAGUAUAUCUCAUUCAGACUUCCACGCCAGCCCUCUCCAAUGCCGCACCUCCCGACCCGCCUCGGACGAUGGCUCGGCAACGGUCCUACAGUGCCCACCCGCCCCAUCUCGCAUCGGCUCGUCCCGCUCGUGCCGGUUCGAAGCAGCCCUCGCCUCCGCUGGACCCACCACGAGCAUUGUACCAGUCCUCCGCGGUGAUGCGCAAUCGAGCUCCGACGCCUCCGAGAAGAAGUAGGGUCAAGGAUCCGAUGGAUGAUACGCAGGAAACACCUUCCGAGCUGGAACCCGAGCCAGAACCUGAGGCGCUGGGCACGUCCGCGCGGGCUGUGUUUGGUGUUCGAGCGGGGCACGACGAUGAUGGGGUCAUGAAUGGGGAUCUUGAGCCUACGCAGGUCGAGGAGGAUGAAGGAGGGGAGAAAGACAUGACGAUCGAUGUGACCAUGGGUGCCGGGCGAGAGCGAUACCAAGGUGAAGCGACCGAUGAGGAACCCGAUCAGAGUGAGGACGGGGAUAAAACUGUUUCGACGCCGCGAGCGAGUGAUGGACCCCCGAAGAAAAUGUCGCCCACUUUGUUGUCAUCGAGUGACGUCGACGUGGACAGUCUGACGACUCGAGUGACCGUCGAAACGGAGACGUACCAACUCUUCGCACCCGCUGCACCGGGUGUGCGAUUCAUCACGCCCACGACCACGGGAGCCAACAUCCAAGACGUGACUCUGGAACCAUUGACGAGCUCGGGCGUGACUACCGAAUCGAGUCAAAACGUCGAUCAUCUUGUGGGGCUGUCGCUUGGGUUAAGUGAGAUUGGAGCGAUGAGCAGUCAGCCGGCGCCGACGCAAUUGGAGAUGCCGGCGACCCAGAUGUACGAUAUCGAGCGCGCGGGACCGUUGUCCUUUAAACAGCAGGAGUCGAUGGGUGAGUCCGCCAGAUGUCUCAGUUCUACAUCCUCGAACUUACGUCGAGCUCAUUUCUCCGCAGACCUUGCGCGUAGCCUUCGAUCAUUUGAGCACGACACGACCGAAGCCCCCAACCCACCUCGCGCACCACCUCGAGGCAGGAAACUCGAGCGUAUCGCCCCACCGCCGACGCCUGCACUCGUUCGAGCGCACAUGAGCAAGGGCUCGGGUCUUGACUCUCUAGAUGCCCAAAUGGACCCUACGCAAAUCGAAACGUGCAUCUCCAGCCCUGCUGUGAAUCAGGCGGGUGCGGAGGCGGUGCCGAGUAGCAUCGCGCCUUCGACACCAUGGUCAUCGAACUCCGCCACGGAGCCUCGCUCGGAAAGGGAGUCGACGAGACCCUCGGGCGAUGCCGAGUCGCAAGAUCCCGAAGGUCAUGCUCAAGUGCUCGUACCGCCCAGUGAGGAACCGACCCAAAUAUCUUCUGCUGGCCCUGCUCCAAUGGAAGUCGACGGGGAAGCGUUCUCCGAGGUCGGCCCAUCUCUGCCCCUCAACUCUCGACCCCCAUCGAUCGCUUCAAGUCCUGCCGUCAAGGAACCUGUGAAAGAGCCCCAGUCUGUGGUUGUUCCGAAAAAGACACAGAACGCCGUCGUCAAGGGUAAAGGCAAGAAGAGGGCCGAGCCCCCCGUUUCGGAUGGUCCUUCGAGCGAAUCGUUCGACCCGAUCGACAGCCUUCCCCGCGCGCGCAUCCGACGUCCGUCCGCACGACUUAGGGACUCGAUCGGAAUGAGUGUUCAACCGGCGAUCUUGAGAAACCCAGCAUCGACGGACCCGGAUGUGACGCUGCCUCCACUUCCUGACUUGCCGGCAACGUCUUCGCUUUCGUCCCUGCCGGAGUCAAUCGUUACCAGUCACGCAGCCGUGACUGAGACGCGAUCGUUGCUUUCGCCCGGUGAGCCGAAUGCCAACGCCGUGUCUCGAACUGCCAAGCGAAGAAAGACGGGAACACCGACCAAAGUGAAGAAGGCGCCCGCCGGACGGAAGGCCAAGACCUCUCUGGAAUCGAAGCGCAAAAGUGCUGUUCCAACCACUUCGAGGGUCACGCUUGAUGAGGGCGCUCCAGCUGUCCACUUUGACGAGCGUCCAAGUGAGCCAAUAGAUCGAGACACAUCUCGCGCCACUUCUGCGAAAGCAUCAGAUACAGCCUCCCGAGACGUCAAGCCCCAUUUACCCAAGUCCAAGCUGCCCUCGACGGCCCCGUUCAAUCGAGUCUUUGGGCUGUGGCGCGACAACUCGUGGCUCUACCCCGCAACGGCAAUCAGCGUCGGUGGAGCUCGGAUUCACGUUCGCUUCGAUGACGGAUCGAAGGGGAACCUCAAGUUCUCAGAAGUGCGACGCCUCAAGUUGCAGCUUGGCGAUUGGGUGCGAUACGUCGGGGCCGAGGCGGGGGACUCGGAAACUCAAGUGACAACGUUGGCGGAGGACGUGCGCGUCUACCGCAUCGAGUCCGAGGUCGACGGGAAUGACGUGCAAGGGCAUUGCGAGCAGGACGAUAUUGUCGCUGUGACGCCAGCUCAUGUGCCCCUGUCGGAGCAGCCCGAGUUGGUGAGGCAGGGUCAGGUCCAACGCUUGCUCGUUUGCGCCAUUGCCAUUCCUCCGCAGCACACGGCACGGUUCGACGAUCGUCGUCUAACCGCCGUCGAGAUCGCUGGCUUCGAAGGUAAAGCCCCCGUCUCGGUCAAGUCCCCGACAUUACUUUCGAUUCCACCGCCGGACAAGGUAGAACCGCUGAUCGUUGCUCGACAAGAUGGAGCGGGGUCGUUGUUCGCUCGCAUGGCUUUCAUCGUCACUUCGACUCGACCUGAGCAAGAGAAACGAGCCCUCCUCGAAUCGAUGAACGGCCAUGGUGCGACCGUCAUUGAUGUACAACACUUGUACACCGUUGAGACUGAGAGUAACAAGGGUGGAGGAACCAAGAUCAAGUUCCAGGCGGAUGGGCUGAGGGACAUUGACACAAUCCUCCUCCUCGCCGAUCAACCGCGAACGAGUCCGAAGUUCCUCGCUGCACUCGCGUUGGGCGUCCCUUGCGUUUCCUCCGUGUUUGUGACUGAUUCGAUCGAGCAAGUGAGUCCCAAACGUUCGACCGAACCUCGAUACAAGAACAAAGCUGAUCAGCAUCCACAUCCCUCCAGAGCGCCCGUUGCGACUGGAAGCAAUACGCCAUCUCGACCGGGCACGUGCAAUCGCUCAACGCCUCGUCCAUUUACACCCAAUACCGAGCCAUGUCAAGGCCCUCCUUCGAUGUUGCGGCUUUGGCCCAAGCCCAUCGAGAAGGCUACGGCGUCUUCAACGCUCGGUCGUUCCUCUUCGUAUUACCCAAGGCGCAAAUUAGGAGCGUUCUCUCCAUCGUCGUCGCUGCGGGGGCAACACGAUUCCAUGUCGUGGCGUCGGCUGAAGCGGCUUCUUCUGCUAUAGGGUACGAUCAUAUUGUUUUGAAAGAUGGGAGCAAGGUCCCAAGUGGACUAAAGAAUCACUCAGGCGUGGCUUCCAUGACAUGGAUUAAACAAUGUUUGAUCGCGGGGAGGUUGUUGGCACCGGCGAUGAUGCGACCAGUUCAAGUCAUCGAGGUCGGACACUGA